AUGGACCUGAACGCGUCAGCAGUAGUGGUCCUGUGAAGAUGGCGAACUGUAGACGUGUACCUCUGCUUGAGAUUUUCUACUGCAGUUUAUUGUUUUUUCUCCAUGUUGAAUCUGAAAGCUUAAUUGCCAAACUCGCUAAUAAUGCUGAUAAGUUUACAAUCCAAGGCAAAGGUCCUGGAGCAGCCCCGGGUAUCCCAGCUGUCGCUGAAAAGAGUCAGGCUGCAGCGGCCUCGCUGACUCGGAAGCGCUCUGCCGGGUGGAAGCUGUCUGAGGAGGCGGUAUGCAGAGAAGACCUCAGUCGGCUCUGCCCCAAACAUUCCUGGAACAAUAACCUGGCGGUCCUAGAGUGUCUCCAGGACAAGAAAGAGGACACUGAGAUAGCUACUGAGUGCAACCAUCUGCUGUGGAACUACAAGUUAAACCUGACCACUGACCCAAAGUUCGAGUCUGUAGCUGUGGAGGUCUGCAAGAUGACCAUUCCUGAGAUCAAAGAGUGUGCUACUGAGGAGCUGGGUAAAGGCUAUCUGGUCUCCUGCCUGGUUGAACAUCGUGGAAACAUCACAGACUACCAGUGCAACCAGUACAUCACCAAGAUGACCAGCAUAGUCUUUAGCGACUACCGACUCAUCUGUGGCUUCAUGGACAAGUGUCGUGAGGACAUCAACACUCUUCGUUGUGGCAGCAUCACCACUGGAGAAAAGGAUGUCCACUCUCAGGGGGAGGUGAUUGCCUGUCUGGAGAAAGGUUUGGUUCGUGAGGCUGAGGAGAAGCACGGUGCACACCACAUCAGGGAUGAGUGCAAAAAGUCCAUUAUGAGAGUAGCAGAACUGUCCUCGGAUGACUUUCAUCUGGAUCGUUACCUGUACUUCGCCUGCAGAGAAGACCGAGAGCGCUUCUGUGAAAACACUCUGGCUGGGGAGGGCCGUGUCUACAAAUGUCUCUUCAAUCAUAAGUUUGAGGAGGCCAUGUCUGAGAGGUGCCGUGAGGCGCUGACUACUCGGCAGAAGCUGAUAGCUCAGGACUACAAGGUGAGCUACUCCCUGGCUAAAGCAUGCAAGUCAGACCUGAGGAAGUACCGCUGCAAUGUGGACGCCAACAUGUCUCGAGCCCGAGAUACUCGUCUGUCCUACCUGCUGCUGUGUCUGGAGGCUGCUGUUCACAGAGGCCGCGUGGUUAGCGGUGAGUGUCAGGGCGAGAUGAUGGACUACAGGCGGAUGCUGAUGGAGGACUUCUCCCUGAGUCCUGAGAUCGUUUUGCAGUGCCGCACUGAGAUCGAGGAUCACUGUUCCGGCUUGCACCGGAAAGGAAGAACACUGCAUUGCCUGAUGAGGGUCGGCCGAGGUGACAUGGGAGCCAUUGAGCCAAACUGUCAGAAGGCACUUCAGACACUGAUUCAGGAAGCUGACCCUGGAGCUGACUAUCGCAUCGACAGAGCUCUGAAUGAGGCCUGUGAAUCUGUCAUUCAGACUGCCUGUAAACACAUCCGCAAUGGAGAUCCCAUGAUCCUGUCGUGUCUGAUGGAACAUCUGUACACUGAGAAGAUGGUGGAGGACUGUGAACACAGACUGUUAGAGCUGCAGUACUUUAUCGCCAGAGACUGGAAAUUAGACCCGAUCCUGUAUAAAAAGUGUCAAGGAGAUGCGGGGCGGCUCUGCCACACCCGCGGCUGGAACGACACCAACGAGGUGAUGCCUCCUGGAGCCAUUUUCUCCUGCCUGUAUCGACACGCCUAUCGCUCAGUGGAGCAAGGCAGGAGGCUGUCCCGGGACUGUAAGGUGGAGGUGCAGAGGAUUCUCCACCAGAGGGCGCUGGAUGUGAAGCUGGACCCGGAGCUACAGAGAAGGUGCAUGACUGACCUGGGGAAGUGGUGUAGUGAAAAAACAGAGGCUGGCCAGGAGCUGGAGUGUCUGCAGGACCGUCUGGAGGAUCUGGUCUCUGACUGCAGAGAUGUGGUGGGAAACCUGACAGAACUGGAAUCAGAGGACAUUCAGAUCGAGGCGCUGCUGAUGAGAGCAUGUGAACCUGUCAUUCAAACCUACUGCCAUGAGGUUGCUGACAACCAGAUCAACUCUGGAGAUCUGAUGGAGUGUUUGAUUCAGAACAAACACCAGAAGGAGAUGAACGAGAAGUGUGCAGUGGGAGUCACACACUUCCAGCUGAUUCAGAUCAAAGAUUUUCGUUUCUCCUACAAAUUCAAGACAGCCUGCAAAGAGGAUGUUCUCAAACUGUGUCCCAACAUCAAGAAGAAGGUGGACGUGGUGAUCUGCCUCAGCACCACAGUGAGAAACGACACUCUGCAGGAAGGCAAAGAGCAGCGAGUCUCCAUCAAAUGUCGUAAACAGCUGAGAGUGGAGGAGGUGGAGAUGUCUGAGGACAUCCGUCUGGAACCAGAGCUCUAUGACUCCUGUAAGCAGGACAUCAGCCAGCUGUGUCAGAAUGUGGCCUUUGGUAACGCUCAGGUUAUUGAGUGUCUGAAGGAGAACAAGCAUCAGCUGACGUCACGCUGCCACCAAAAGAUCUUCAAGCUGCAGGAGGUGGAGAUGGUUGAUCCCGAAUUGGACUAUCAGCUAAUAAGAGUCUGCAAGCACAUGAUCAGGCGGUUCUGUACAGAGUCGGAGGGAAAGAACGUUCUCCAGUGUCUGAAACAAAACAAGAACAGUGAGCUGAUGGAUCCUAAAUGCAAACAGAUGAUCACCAAGAGACAGAUCACCCAAAGCACAGACUACAGGUUGAACCCAGUGCUGAAGAAGGCCUGUAAAGCCGACAUCCCAAAAUUCUGUCAGUCCAUCCUGAACAAGGCGCCUACUGACAAUGAGCUGGAGGGUCAGGUCAUCUCCUGCCUCAAACUCAAAUAUGCAGACCAGCGCCUGUCUCCUGACUGUGAGGACCAGAUCCGGGUCAUUUUACAGGAGUCUGCGCUGGACUACAGACUGGACCCUCAGCUCCAGAUGCACUGCACAGAAGAGAUCUCAAACUUUUGUUCGGAUGAGGCAGCAGCUCAGGAGCAGACCGGGCAGGUAGAAGAGUGUCUGAAGAUCAACCUGCUGAAGAUCAAACACGAAGCCUGUAGGAAGGAGGUGUUGAACAUGCUGAAGGAGAGUAAGGCAGACAUCUUUGUUGACCCAGUUCUUCAUACAGCCUGUGCUCUGGACAUCAAACACCACUGUGCUGCAAUCCAGCCUGGCAGAGGGCGGCAGAUGUCGUGUCUGAUGGAGGCGCUGCAGGACAAGCGGGUCCGACUACAGCCAGAAUGCAAGAAGAGACUUCAGGACCGCAUCGACAUGUGGAGCUACGCUGCCAAGGUGGCUCCUGCCGAGGGUUUCUUGGACCUGGCCUCGCAGGUGAUGACAUCCCCAUCUAAGAACUACAUCCUGACUGUAAUUUGUGCCGCUGUGACCCUGCUCUUCCUCAUGGGGUUGUUCUGUGGGAGGUUCACCAAACGGGUCACUCAGGAACUGAAGGACAGGUAGACCCCGCCCACUCUGGGGUCAGGACAUUACCACAGAAUAAAUGACCUCCCAGCGUUAGUCCUGGAUUCUCCCCUCAACCCUCAUCUCAUCUUAAAGAGUCCACUCCCCUAGUUGGACCCAGGGCUUCACUCGUAUUCUUCACUUUUAUUUCUUUUUCAUGGCUUCUGGGGUCAAAGGUCGGGGUGGGGGUGUUUGGUUUUGAGUGCUAUAAGGCUUUGGGGUUGAAAAUGCGCGAUGACAGGCUGAUGUACAGAUGCCAUCGCUUUACUGAGAAAACUCCGUUUGUGUGUGUGUGUGCGUGUGCGUGCGUGCGUGCGUGUGUGAGUGUGUGUGCUUGUGUGUGUGUGUGUGUGUGUGUGUGUGCCUGUGCGUUCUGUCCUUGACCACCGCUUGUUUCUGCUCCUUUUUGCUGAAACGUUUAGUUUCACUAAUGUUACAUUUUAACUUAAUCUGGUAGAGUUCUGUUUUUUGUUUUACUAACAUUUGUUGUUUUGUUUUUUUUUGCCGUGGGACUGCCUGUCACGUGCUGUCACAAGCCAGCCAACCCCCCACCACACACACACACACAUACACUUACACACACACACGGUGCAAGACACAAAGGUAAUCAGGUUAGACUAUUGGAGACGUAACGAUGAUACUGGAAUCAUUGCACAUUUUGUUUCUUCUUUGUGUCUAUGAAUAUAUAUAUAUAUUAUUAUUUUGUGUGUGUGUGUGUGUGAUGAUAGCCUUAUUUAUUUGAUUUCCAAUGGUUACUUUCUUUUAUUUGAAUGUUCUCCAGUUGCCUUUACUUCGAGUGACCUUGCGUCCAGCGGGGAGGGGGAGGGGGCAGGUGAGCUUGAGGUGUGUGACAGACUCGUGGUCGAUCUUCAUUUCCGGGAUGGACAGGGUGGUGGUGGGGGUGCAGCAGGAGAAUGGUUCGAUUACCCAAACAGCUUUAAUGUUCCAGCUGAUGUGGAUGUGAACGCCAGAGUGUCAGGAUGGAGCUCCAGCAUCAGCAUCUGGACGGUUUGGUGGCAACGAUUCGCUGUUUAGAUUUUGGAUUGUAAAUAAAAUCUUUUUGAUGAAAUAUUCUAUUAUUGUAAAACAAAUGGGCAACGAUAAAGAUCUCCAAGCAUCAGAGCAGUGAGUGAGGAUUCUCCUCCCCAGCCCACCGUAUGUGUACAUGUGUACUAUAGCUGUAACUGUGUUGUGUAUUUAAGCUGUUGUGAUGAGUGCUGCCCUCCCUGCUUGUAAAUCUGAACACUGUUCAUUGAACUGCCUUUACCCCCUCCCCCCCCCCCUCCCCAUUUGUUGUUGAUAUUUUUGAAGUAUGUCUGUGCCUAGUCACCGUCCCACUAAGGGGUCUUGUACAGAAGCCCCAGCAGAGGAGUGUGUGGCUGACUUGUUUUUUCAUCCAGCAGGAAGCUGCAACAUCUGCAGCCACUUCUUCAUAUACGUCCAGGACCAUGACAGAAACAUUGUUUUUACUUUUCUUUUUUAGAUUCGUUAUCAGGUCUUUAUUAAAACACAUUUUAGUAAAUGAGACUUUUAGUAAAAUGUGUUUUAUGUCUUUAGAGCUUCUGAUCACCAUACGUUUUAUGUUUGUACAUAUCAAGCUGAACAGUUUGUUAAUAAUAAAAAUAAAGUGUGCAAGGUUUCUAUUUCA